GACUUGAUGCUCCUCUUUAGCGAGCAGAGGCUCACACUUAGACCACACAGCCUGAGCCACACUCAGCAUCCUCACCCUGACCAUUGUUUGUGCCUUCUUCUUCCUUCAGAUCUUUAUUGUAUCUGCAUAUUAUUAUUUUUAUAGACAGAAACCAGCACCGGUAUUGUAUCGUUUCCUGCUGAACCUGCAGCUCCAUCCUCCAUCCCACAUCUCCAGCAGUUCAGUGACUGAAACACUGCCCGGUGUCUUGGAUGUGUCGGCGGACUGCAGCGGUGCUCGCGGUGCUGACCGCCUGUCUCUGCGGGCAGCGGCUGUGCGCGGCGGCGAAGGUCCAGCAGCUCAACCACCGGCCGGUCAUCGGUGUGUUGGCGCAGGAAAAUCUUCCCGGAGACCGGUUUGCUCGUGGCUCCUCCUACAUCCCUGCCUCCUAUGUCAAAUACUUGGAGGGAGCCGGGGCGAGAGUUGUUCCCAUCAGAAUCAACCGCACAAAAGAAGAAUAUACCAACAUAUUCUACACAAUAAAUGGGUUGUUGCUGCCGGGAGGAGAUGUAGAUCUUCAAACAUCGCAGUUCAGCCGAGCUGCCAGGAUUUUCUACAACUUGGCUCUGAAGGCCAACGAUGCUGGGGACUACUUCCCUAUCUGGGGGACCUGUCAGGGCUUCCAGCAGCUGUCUGUCCUCACAGCAAACAAAAACCUGCUCACCCUCACUGAUACCAAGGCUGUGGCUCUACCUCUCACUUUCUUACCAGCGGCCCAGUCCAGCCGUAUGUUCCGCAGCUUUCCCAGCGACCUGCUGCAGUCUCUGACUGAGGAAAACAUCACUUCCAACUUCCAUAAAUGGAGCCUGUCUUUGCAGAACUACUCCCGCAAUGCCAAGCUGAAGAAGUUUUACAAGGUCCUGUCCACUAACAACGACGGGAAGAAAGAAUUUAUCUCCACCAUGGAAGCCUACCGCUACCCGUUUUAUGCAGUGCAGUGGCAUCCAGAGAAAAGCACCUUUGAGUGGAUAGAUAAGCCCGGCAUGGUUCACUCCACGUCUGCUGUAAGAGCCUGCUUCUACACUGCCAGCUUCUUUGUCUCUGAAGCCAUGAGGAGCCAGCACCACUUCCCCAGUCCUGUGGAGGAGGAGCGAGCUCUCAUCUACAACUUCUCUCCCAUCUACAGAGGCCCCCAUGCCAUCUUUGUGCAGAACUAUUACUUUGAUUGACGGACUCUACCGAAGACGAUCUUGGCCCGAGUUUAAAACUAAACUUUAUGGUAUCGUCUCUUACAGUAGCCUCAAACAUCAAGUCAGUAAUUAGCAGUUUAGCUGAGCUGGUUUGGACAGUAACAUGAAAAGCAGAAGUGCCAACGGAACAGUGAUGAAAUGCAGUGAUAAAUAAUAGAAGAUGAAAAUAAAACAAAAUAUUAAAAAAUCAUGAGGUUUUGUUUCGUAUAAUAUCAGAUAAAUAACAAGUGCAAAUGUGCGAUAGCUGCGACCACAUACGCAGUCGCCCUUUGGCUCGUAACCGAUCUUUCCACAAAAUCUUGUGCAAGUCUGAAUCCAUUAGGAAGUUAGGCGCCUUUUUGCAGUAGGCCACUCCCAUUACCACGCCCCCUUUUAACACACACACACACACACACACACACACACACACUUGACCUCAAUGCCAAAUACCUUUAACAGAACAUGCACAGUAAACCUUUAACAUGUCUGUCUAACCAACCCACAAAGGGACAGUAAUACAAUUAAACAGACUGUAUUCUACCUGCAGUUAUGUCGGCCCAAUAAUGACCAACCUAAUUUAACUAAGAAUAAAAACAAUGAUAAAUACAUUGUUAAGAAAAUUAUGACCUAAAUUCCAAAUAUCCAGUUGUGAGGGUAUCUCUUUUGUUGCAGCACGUCUAUCCCAUGGAUACCUUUACUUGUGUUUGCCACUAUUAAAUUACACCUAAUGUCAAUAAAAGUGAAUCACUCAUGUGAUUCCGUAGGUUAGCUCCAGGCUCCAGGCUGGGCACAAUUUUUAUUUGUUUUAUUAAAUGUAAUACCUUGGAUAAAUAAGACUUUCUAACUAGGUGAAUCUCAUCAUGCAAUUAAUAACUACAACUGCAGAUACCACUAAAAAAAAAAAACCUGUACUAAUGUUAGUCGUCUCCAAUUUCUAAAACUUGCCUUCUAACAGAGCAGAGAAUUCUACAAAUUACAAAUUGCCCAUUUCCUCCUUGGGAGGGAUUAUUAUCCUCCUUUAGCUCCUAAAAAUGCACGAGGUUGGAAAGACAGUAAGUUUCAACAACACUGGUUAAUGUGUGGUUUGGUUUAGGCACGAAAACCACUUGGUUAUGGUUAAGAAAAGAUUAUACUUUGGUUUAAAUACCUGGCUUUGGGUGCACAGUCCUGGCUGGAAACGCAGUGAUGGGUCGCUCCAAAACACCCAUGUUUGGUGGCUAAAAAGCUGCUGGAAACACAGCAGUGACUCGCUAAAGCACAACUGGUUUUGUUUGUUGUGUCUAACAGUGGUCUGCAGCUUAGCAGGCAUCUUGCUUCAUAUCUAGUUUUUUCAUUGGGACAUUUAUUUUUCUUUUCAAUUUUAUGAGGCUAAAGUAAUGACAUUUAUGCAAAUGGUGGUGGAAACCUCUGUUUUUUCAUGACACCAACAAUGUUCAUGUUCUUCAUGGGAAAGGUGGAAUAUAUGGGUCAGUUUGUCUAAAAUGUAAUCUUGAAUGUUUAAUGGUGUUGCAUGGCAUCAUGACUGUGUCAAGCCAUUUUGUCUUUUUCUUCAUCAGUCAGUCAUCAGUCUUCAUCUGAAACUAGUAUACCAAACUGAUAAGGCUCAUUAUUUAUUUUUUUUUAAUCUGACAAAUAUACAGAAGCUCUGAGAGAUAAGGUGAAGACCUGGCUUGUUGGCUGGUAUAUGAAAUGCCUGCGGGGGGUUAAUCAGUUUUAUGGUGAUGGUGUAAUGUUAGUGCAAACAAACAUGAGUCAGUCAGUCAGUGAAUCAAUUUUAUGUAUAAAGCCCAAUAUCACAAAUCACAGUUUGCCUCACAGGGCUUUACAGCAUACAACAUCCCUCUGUCCUUUGGACCCUCACAGCGGAUAAGGAAAAACUCCCCAAAAACCCCUUUAACGAAAAAAGCGGUAGAAACCUCAGGAAGAGCAACUGAGGAGGGAUCCCUCUUCCAGGACGGACAGACGUGCAAUAGAUGUCGUACAGAACAGAUCAACAUGAUAAAUUAAUUCGUAUGACACAAUGAGACAGAAAGAGAGAGAGAGAGAGAUGCAGGUAAUGACAGUAGCUUACAACAACAUUAUUGAAAGUAAUAAUAUUAUAGUUAUAGUUCUGGUUACUGCGGUACAAUAUGUUGAAAGUAUGUAUUAAUAUCUGGCAGUAUACAUGUGUGACAAUAGUCAUAUGUGUAUAAUAACAGUAGAAGUAUGACUAAUGACUAAUGACUAAUGAUGGCAGCAGCAGCAGGAGGCAUCUGGCAGGACCACGGCAGCAGCACAACCACACACGUCACGCUGUCCAGGCACCGCUGCGAUAUGAGUUAAUCUGAGAGACAGUGGAGCACAAAGGCUCCGGAGAAGAAGCCGAGUUAGUGACAUCCAGAAUGGCCGAGUUAGCUAGAUGCAGUAAUAGGAUACGAGAGAGAGAGAGAGAGAUGCAGGUAAUGACAGUAGCUUACAACAACAUUAUUGAAAGUAAUAAUAUUAUAGUUAUAGUUCUGGCUACUGCAGUACAAUAUGUUGAAAGUAUGUAUUAAUAUCUGGCAGUAUACAUGUGUGACAAUAAUCAUAUGUGUAUAAUAACAGUAGAAGUAUGACUAAUGACUAAUGACUAAUGAUGGCAGCAGCAGCAGGAGGCAUCUGGCAGGACCACGGCAGCAGCACAACCACACACGUCACGCUGUCCAGGCACCGCUGCGAUAUGAGUUAAUCUGAGAGACAGUGGAGCACAAAGGCUCCGGAGAAGAAGCCGAGUUAGUGACAUCCAGAAUGGCCGGGUUAGCUAGAUGCAGUAAUAGAAUACCAGAGAGAGAGAGAGAGAGAGAGAGAGAAGAAGAAGAAGAAGAAGAGAAGGUGCCCGGUGUAUUAUAGGGGGGUCCUCCGGCAGACUAGGCCUAAGUCAGCCUAACUAGGGGCUGGUACAGGGCAAGCCUGAGCCAGCCCUAACUAUAAGCUUUAUCAAAGAGGAAGGUCUUAAGUCUAGUCUUAAAUGUGGAGACGGUGUCUGCCUCCCGGACCGUAACAGGAAGAUGAUUCCACAGGAGAGGAGCCUGAUAGCUGAAGGCUCUGGCUCCUGAUCUACUUUUGGAGACUUUAGGGACCACGAGUAACCCUGCGUUCUCAGAGCGCAGUGUUCUGGUGGGAUAAUAUGGCACUAUGAGCUCUCUAAGAUAUGACGGAGCUUGACCAUUUAGAGCUUUAUAAGUUAACAGUAGGAUUUUAAAUUCAAUUCUGGAUUUUACAGGGAGCCAGUGCAGAGAAGCUAAAACAGGAGAGAUAUGAUCGCGUUUCUUAGUUCCUGUUAGUACACGUGCUGCUGCAUUCUGAAUUAGCUGGAGAGUUUUUAAGGACUUACUAGAGCUACCUGAUAAUAGAGAGUUACAGUAAUCCAGCCUUGAGGUAACAAAAGCGUGGACCAAUUUUUCUGCAUCUUGAGAGUAAAGUCAUAAAUCUAGUAGAAUAAAGUUCUAUUCUGUACAGACAGUGAUGGGCUGACAGUAAUAUCCGUUUUAGCAGUACCAAAGUAAUAUAACAUUUUAGGUGAUAUUAUCAUAUUUACAAUGUCACCGUCAUGGCCCUAAUCCUAAUUAAGCCUAAAACAUUAUCUUCUACCUCGCAGAUAAUAUCUUGUAUGUAGGAGAUAAACUUGCCAACAUUGUCCAAAAGAAAAAAAAAUCACCUUGCCGCUCAGGGCUUCCAUACAAAUAAGAUUAUUUAUUUAUUUUAGCUAUCUUGUUUAAAUGAUUUUCACCCAUUUUGCUGACCAGCAUUGAAACAUAAUGUUUCUUGCUUCAAGAGAAGUCGGCCGGUGAAAAAUACAGCCAUAAAAGAAUAAAUAAAUAAAUCAAUAAACAAAAAUCCAGUAGUUCUUUUUUUGUUUGUGUUGUUAAUAAACCAAAAAUAAUGAGCCCCACAAACGAACUAUGUGUCCAGAUCCUACUUUGGAGCCUUCUUUAUUAUAUUUAGCAGCUCAGCUCAGUGGCUUUGGAAACAUUGAUUGUACAAGUUUUGUUUGUUCGACCAUGUGCCGGAUGAUCAGACAAUAAAGGAAGUCAAGUAAACCUC